AUGGCGACAAAAGCCACCACCGUCGCGCCCCUGGUGCAGCAAUACAUCACCAGCCAGAAAGUCGGCGUCGUCGUCUCGGCCGGCAAGAUGUCCCGCGCAGUCAAGGUCCGCGUCGCCGGACAAGAAUGGAACAAGACGUUCCGCAAGCACUUCCCCUCGCACAAGCACUACACCGUCUCGGACCCCAACAACUCGCUCGUCGAGGGCGACGUCGUCCGCAUCACCUCGGGCCACCGCACAUCGUCCACCAUCAGACACGUCGUGACAGCCAUCGUCGCGCCCUUUGGCGAGCCCGUGGAGAACAGGCCGCGCGUGCUCAACGCGGACGAGCUGGACACGCUGAGGACGCAGGAGAGGCUGUUGAAGGACGUGAGGGCCGCAGAGAGGGGGAGAGAGGCGAGCGUGCAGAGACUGGCCCAGGCUGCCAAGCAGGGCGUCAGGAUCCCAACCCUGGAAGAGGCUGUGGAAAAGUUGCGCGUGCACGAGGAGACAGAGAAGACGAGGGCGGCGAACAAGGGUGGAAAGGAGGCGCAUCGUGGGCAGGGCGGACAGACGGAGACGAAGCGAGAAAGGAGGAAAGCCGAGAAGGUCAAGAGCAGAGCGGAGAGACAUGCUGCGGAAAGGGCCGAGAGCGCGAAGAAACAGGUGGUAUAA